UCGAGAUAGUUGCAAUUUUCAUUCAAUUUCACGAUUCACUGUAAAUUUUGUGGUAAAAUACCUAGUGACAGGCAAAUUGAUGAAAAUUGUAAAAUUAUACAAGAAUUACAGUUUACUAUUAUAGAGCUAUUUUACUUCACCAAAUUUAUUUUGUAAUUUUGAAAUCAUUUUUAAAUGAAACGAUUGAUCGAAGCUUUCAAUGGCGAACACAUGACGUCAGAUGACUGUAAAAACAAUUUUACUGAUUAAUUAUAAUUUAUGAAAAUAAUAUGAACAGAUCUUCGUGUAUUAUAUACAGCUACAUAAAAAUUAGAAUGACAUGCGCAAAGUAAUUGGACUUCAAAUUAUUAAAAAAGGUAAAUAUGUCAGCUUUCUACAGUUCGAAAUUCAUUUCACGCGCGUCCGCCAUGAUUAUUAUUUCCCAAAUAAUCGUUAAUUUUCAAAUAUUUCAAUGAAGCGUCGCUUUGCCCGCCACUUUUGUUCACUCUCUGUAUUUAAAUACGAUGUAUUUUGUUGUUUAGUGUGUUUAUUACUUUGAUCUAAAAAGUAAGUAUACAUUUUCAUUUGUUUUUCAAUUCAACAAGAUCUAUUUUUAUUAUCGUUCCGAAUCAAUCUUGUUUUUACUACUAUUGUUUUGCUUCGAUAUGUCAAAACUUCUAACCUACAAAGUGUAUUUUGUUAUUAAUUAUUUUCAGAAAAAAAUGACUGCGGAAGAGCAACCAAAUAGUAAGAGCUCUGAUGAUGAUAUGGAAGUUGAUGCUCUACAACAAGAUGCAGGAGGUGAAAAUGAUGAAGAAGGAGGAUGGAGAGUAUCUGAUGAAAUUUAUAUUCCACCACCACCUGUGAUAUUUGGUGAAUAUGAUACAAAAGGACCGAGAUUAAUGAUCGUCAAAAUUAUGGCCAAAAAUUUUAAAAGUUAUGCUGGAACUGUAGAAAUUGGUCCAUUUCAUAAAUGUUUUUCAUCUAUUGUCGGUCCAAAUGGAAAUGGUAAGAGUAACGCUAUAGACUCUAUGUUAUUUGUAUUUGGUUAUCGUGCAAACAAAAUCAGAUCAAAGAAGAUAGCUGAACUGAUACACAAUUCAAAUGAGCAUCCAAAUUGUUCAAGUUGUACAGUUUCUGUUCAUUUUCAACAAAUUAUUGAUAAACCUGGGGCAGAUUUUGAUGUGGUUGAAAAUAGUGAAUUUGUAAUAUCAAGAACAGCAUUCAAAGAUAGCUCAGCAUAUUAUGAACUCAAUGGUAGGAAAGUUCAAUUUAAACAGAUUGCUCAAUGUCUAAGAUCUCAUCAUGUUGAUUUAGAUCAUAAUCGGUUUUUAAUUCUUCAGGGUGAAGUUGAACAAAUAGCUUUGAUGAAACCAAAAGGUCAAGCUGAUGGAGAUACAGGAAUGUUAGAAUUUUUAGAAGAUAUUAUUGGUACCAAUCGCUACAAAGAACCUUUGGAAAAAUUAUUUCAGAAAGUAGAAUUUUUGUCUGAACAACGAGAAGAAAAAUUAAGACGUUUGAAAGUAGUUGAAAAGGCAAGAACCGAUUUGGAAAAACCCAUGCAAGAAGCAGUUCAGUAUUUAAGACUGGAAAAUUCUAUUAUUAAAUUCCAACACAAAUACUUGCAAUGCAAAAGGCAUGAAUUAUCUGCAGACCUGAAUAAAGAAGAGGAAAGUAAAAAAGAAUUAGAUGAAGAUUAUAAUAAACUCAUGAAAGAAAUGCAAACAGUUCAAACUAAUAAGGAUCAAAAGACAAAAGAUUUUAAGGACAAAUCAAAAAAGUGGGAUAAAUUACAACAGCAAAAAGAUACAUUGACUAUUAAAUUUAAUGAAAUUAGGAAAAAAGAUGAAGCAUUGCAUGCUGAGUCUGUAGCAACAAACAAACGUAGAAAAGAAAACAUUGCUACUGUAAAAACUGAAAAAACUCAAUUACAAGAUUUGGAAAGAGUACCAACCAAAAAUGCAAAAGAUAUCGCAGAGUAUGAGCGUUUACAGGAAAGGCAAGUAGCUGAUCGUGAGAAAGAAGAAACUGUAUUAUCAACUCUUAUGAGUGGUUUAAAAGAAAAGACUGAGCCUCUAAUGAAAAAGCGUUCUGUAUUAGAAAAAGAACUUGUAACUCAAAGAAAGUACGUAGACGAAGCUAAAUCUGCGUUUGAUAUUGCCAAAUCAAAGUUAGAUUUAUACACGUCUGAAGAGCAAAAUGAAAAGAACAAGUUAGAACGACUGCAAGAAGCAGUGAAAGCUUCUGGUGAGAAAUUAGCCGAGUGUAAAAACAAGUUAGCAGUUAUAGAGCCAAAAAUUCCAGCGACAAAAAAGAGUCUUCAAGAUGCUCAGAAAGAACUAGACGCUCUCAAGGCUCGUGAAAAUGAAGCAAAUAUACGUUUGAGAAGCACUCGAGUUAAAUAUGAUGAACAGAAGUCAGCCAUGCACGCUGGCACAUCUAGGAACCAUGUACUCAAUUCUUUGAUGCGUGAAAAAAGAGAAGGUCGGCUUCCUGGAAUUUUUGGCAGACUCGGUGAUCUUGGCGCAAUCGACGCUCAGUUUGACAUAGCCGUAUCGACAGCUUGUGGUCCUUUGGAUUUUAUCGUUACAGACACUGCGGAUACCGCAGGAGAGUGCAUUAAAUUCCUUAAACAGAAUGACAUUGGUCGAGCCACUUUUAUAGCUUUGGAUAAGCAACAACACUUACUUCGCCAAUGCAGAGAAAAAAUUAAUACUCCAGAGAACGUCCAUAGGCUCUUUGAUUUGAUCAAUGUAGAGGACCAACGAGUUCUACCUGCUUUUUACUUUGCUCUUCGCGAUACUCUAGUUGCUAAGGAUUUAGAUCAAGCGACUCGUAUUGCUUAUGGAGCCAAGCGAUAUCGAGUGGUCACGCUCAAGGGUGAAUUGAUUGAAAUAGCAGGUACAAUGAGUGGUGGUGGUAAACACGUAUCUCGUGGUCGUAUGGGUCAAAAAGUAGCGCGAAGCGAGCCCACCGCUCACGAUAUUGAGAAGUUGCAAAGGGAAUUGGAUGAAGUAUAUGAAGAGUAUAAUCAAAUCAAAGCUAAACAGCCACCACUUGAAAAUCAAAUUCGGACCCUUAAUAUGGCUUUGAGGGAUAUGAUUGAAGAUAAGGAAAAGUAUCAAAUAGAAAUUAAUCAACUGAGCAUGGAAGAACCAUUUCUUCGAAAACAGUUGAAAGAACAACAACAGAAAGCUGCGUCUACUAUCUGUGAUCCAGCAAAAGUUAAGCAAUUGAUGAAAAUUGUCAAAGAUGCCGAGGCAAAGCUCGAAGAAGUUUCGCAAGGUUCAAAAGAAACGGAAAAUAGCGUCGCACGAAUUAAUUUGGAAAUAGAAGAAAUAUCAGGUAAUCGCGUCAAGGAACAACAAAAGAAAAUAACAUCUUUAACCAAAUCUAUUGACAAGACGAAAGCAGAAAUCUGCCGAUUAAAAGUGGCCAUUAAAACUGCUGAAAGAAAUGCUAAGAAGAUAGAACAAAAAAUUGAAACUUUGGAGACAGAUAUUAAGAAUUGUGAACAAAGGAUACGCGAUAUACAGAAAGAGAAGACAGGAUUUGAAGAAGUAGCUAAAGACAUGUUGGAAGAGCUUAAACAGUUAGGUGAAGAACUUGAAGAACGAGAUGAGUUGGCUGCAACAUUGAAGACUGAACUAGAGCAAAUGCAGUCUCGAGAAAACAAAAUGAAAGCUGUCAAGAUUGAUUUAGAUCAAAAAAUGAGCGAAAAAAAUAAGAUUCUCAAAGAUCUUCGAACCAAACUGCCUGAAAUCGAGACUGCUAUACAGAAAUUGAAGCUUCAAGAGAUUCCAAAUGAAGAGUCCGAAACUCUUACAGAACUUAACGAAAUAGAACUUCAAGAAACCGACAGUAAAACUGUUGCUGUUCAAGUACAGAAAGCAAAGGAAAAGUUGCCAAAGGAAAUACCGAACAUGCAGAUUAUCGAGCAAUACAAAGAACAGAAUGCUUUGUAUCUGAAGAGAUCUGAGAAAUUACAAAAGAUCACGGAAGAGAGAAACAAAAUGCGUGACACUUAUAACCAAGCUACGCGUAAACGAAUGCAAGAGUUCAAUGCUGGCUUUAAUUUGAUUACCGGUAAACUCAAGGAAAUGUACAGAAUGAUUACUUUGGGAGGCGAUGCUGAGUUGGAAUUGGUCGAUUCAUUAGAUCCAUUUAGCGAAGGUAUCGUGUUUAGCGUUCGUCCGCCCAAGAAAUCUUGGAAAUACAUCCAGAACUUGAGUGGAGGUGAAAAGACUCUAAGUUCCUUAGCAUUGGUCUUUGCUCUUCACCAUUAUAAACCUACCCCUGUCUACUUUAUGGAUGAAAUUGACGCGGCUCUCGAUUUUAAAAACGUUUCCAUCGUAGCAAAUUACAUUAAGGAUCGAACGAAGAACGCUCAAUUUAUCGUCAUUUCACACAGAUCCGAUAUGUUCGAGCUUGCAGAUUAUCUUGUAGGCAUUUACAAGAUAUACAAUUGCAGUAAAUGCGCAGUACUUGAUGUUAAGAAAUUUAAUAAAAUAGUCGGAAUACCGGACAUUACUACCACUACCAAUAACAAUCAAUCUAACAAUACCAGAUCAAUUUUCUUGUCACAACCAACUCCAGUGAUUAACCAAAACUCAGAUAGUAGACCAGGCUCAAUGUCACACCAUGCUGGGCCUGUAAUACCAGCUACUUGCCCGGAAAAAAUUAACAGAGAAGCUGACAAUAAGGAUUCCAAUAGAGAAAACGAGAGCGAAACAAACCUCGAUUUGAGGUUGGGUGAUAUUAGUUUACCAGUGACUCCUGUGAAAACCCCGACCUCAUCCAUGAAAAAACGCAAGAACAUGGAUAAAACACCCUCAUCGACACCAUCACCUCGAAGACAAAAGAGCCUGCGACGAAACAUCGAUACUGAAUUGCAACAGGUAUCGGAAGUUCUCGAGACACUUUCAGAGCCAAACUUACAAGAAUCUCGAAAAUCGACAAAUUCUAGAAUGUUGCGAAGAUCUAGUAAGUCACUCGAUGAAUUUCAAACACCUAGAAAAACGCCAAGAAAUUUGAAAAAAAAUAAAUUUGUGGAAGAAGCUCAGAGUCGAACAUCGUCGUUACGAAAACGUCGUAAGCAAUGAAAGUUAUUGAGUUUCGAUUUACUUAUUAAUAUUUAAGGAAUGAAUUAAAAAUUCUCAUUUAUCGUGCUUAUAAAGCUUAUUACUGUACAGUACUAUACUUUUUUAAAUUAAAUCUUGGGUAAAAAAAUAUUUUAUACGAUUACUUAUAGUAUUAAUAUAAACUUACUUUUGAGAUCUCUGCGCAGAUGUUAACACAAGAUGCACGUAAUGUGCUUAAAUGAAUUUAAAUAUAUGAUUGGAAUACUUUCAUAAUAAAAUUAGUAGUUAUAAGUAGACUUCAUUUCAAACUUGCAUGUACUUUUCUUGCUGUUGGAAAACUACUUGCAAUUUUUUCGGGACAAAGUUCACUGUUAACAUGCGUUAGAAAUAUUUGAUAAUUUGACGUGAAACGGCACUUGUAAAAAUAUGCAAUAAAAUUUAUAUUUGUAACAA